GCAGCAAAUCGUGCCGAGACAGCUCAACUUCUGCUGUGCCAACUGCAGCAGCUGCAGGUGUGACUUGCGCCCGCCCCGGGUGCUCAAAACCGUCUUGGAACGGCGCGCAGGGCGAGUACUGCAGCAAAUCGUGCCGAGACAGCUCAACUUCUGCCGUGCCAACUGCAGCAGCUGCUUCACAGGGGGGCUGCUUCUGAUGUCCGGCGUCGCUCUGAUCACAG